AAGAAUUUGCGCUCUGUAAACGAAUGAUUUUCGUAUCGAAGUAGUUAUUGUGAAAUUAUUAUAUAUUUAUUUUAUUUAAAUUAUGAAUCCAAACGAUGCAAGGGAACGUACAACGCCGUUUCCUGGACCAGAUGCCCGUAAUAAACCACAACCGUACAAAUUCACCCCCGAUGAGAUUAGAGUGUUAAGAGAAUGUAAUAAGGAAAGUUUUUACCAAAGAUGUAUUCCAUUUAGUAUAUUACUAGGUGGAGGCACGUAUUUCGGUGUCAAAACAGGUAGAUUUGCACCACAUCCAAGAUUUGGUGCUUACCCCAAAGUUACCGUUGCUGCUCUGAUAGGAUAUUUUUUGGGAAAAUUCUCAUAUCAUCAAAAGUGUACUGAGAAAUUCAUGUCCUUACCUAAUAGCCAAAUAGGACGAAUGUUAAAAGCUCGUAAAGAGGGAACUCUUCAAGAAAAUUUAGAAUCAGGUUAUACACCUGCAAUAUCCCUAAGUCCCUUUAGUGGUAUGUCUGAAACUUACACUGACAUCUCACCACCUAAUAGAGAUUUUGAUUAUGAUACCAGGCCGCCACCUGAAGGUUUAGAUGAUUCUUUUCGGCCAUCAGUAGACAAUCCAAUUGUAAUUCGUGAAGAGGAAAUGCCACCUGAACAAAAACAUGAGACAACAUACGAAGAACUGAGAAAGAAAAAUCGCGAAGAGUAUGAACAAAGGAGGAUUCUGAAUGCUAGAGAUCCCUCUAGGACUGCCUCUCCGCAACCAAGCCAAAGGCCACCAUUAAGAAAUGAGGAUGUAAAUGAGGAGUCCAAAAAGGCUUCGGGGCUUAAAAAUAAAUAUGGGGACGUAUGGGGUUGAGAAAAGAAAAUAAAAUAAAUGUUAAUGUGCAUUUUGUAAAGUAAUAGUGAUGAUUGUAAGAGUAUGAAGUUCUGAACUGCUUAUACAAAUAUAUACAUAUAUUGUUCUUAAAUAGAAGAUAAUAAAGUUUCUAGUAGUAAUA